AUGACCAAAAACCAUGCUCCUGGGAAAGACUCUCAGAAAAGGCGCGGCCUUGAUCCACCACUUAUAUCUUCCGACUCAGAAUCUCGCUUCCUCCAUUUCGAACAAAAUGUCCUGGCAGAAUAUGCACAAAAAGCCAUCCCGAACACACUGGAUCUCUUCUUUCGCAUUACGACAACGCGAGGGUUGGCCGGAACCUUUGACCCGGAUCUAUCGUCGCGUAUUGGCAACGGCAUACGCGCUGCGCAGAUGCUUGACAACUGCAAUAAGGCUAGUACCAGAGACUCGUCGCUAGGCCCUCUUGAAUCGAUCCUGGACUUGUCAACACCCUUUCGUUAUCCUGACUGGACGAACCAUGACAUGGAAAACAGAGAUAUCAAUAUGGAUUAUGACGAAAUAUCCAAAGUACCUCAGUGGGACGUCCGUGGCAUCGAAAUGGAUGUGGUUGAAUCACCCCAGGUAUCACCCUUCGAUGAUAACAGCUACAUUCCCUUCAGUUUCCCUGUUCAGGUGUCUCAGGAGAUCGAUCCCUUAUCGGCAAUGAGUCAAGAAAUUGUAGGUAGACUGCGAGACUCUAUUGCACACAGGCCACAAAACAGUUAUAUCAAGUUGCGGUGGAGCCCUGAAGUUGAAAAGGAAUGCAUUGAGUUCUUCUCCCCGGUUAACCUGCACCGUUUUGUGGACCUUUACUGGGUCACUUGGUAUAUACACUGGCCAGUCAUUCAUAAGUCGACAUUUCAGGCAUCUGAGGCCCCCUGCACACUGGUCGCUGCCAUGGUGCUCAUUGGAGCAAGCUACUCGACCAUUCCUCAAGAUCGUGCUUUCGCCCGAAUAUAUUGCGAUGGGGUGGAAGAAAUUGUCUUCGGCGAUGAAUAUUUCGGUGAUUCUGCCGUCUAUUCGGUCUUGAAUGCCGCCUGCCUCGAAAGACGGCUACGAAGUCUUCAAGCUGCGCACGCAAUGUGCCUUUAUCAGGCGUGGGAGGGUCAUGAGACCGGAAAAAAAAGAGCCAGAAGGCACCGAUUCGGCCAGGUCGUUGCUAUGGCGUGCGAGCUAGGUUUUGCGCAUGCCUCUCAUGGGAACCUGGCUUCUCUUACGGAAUGCAACUUCAAUUGGAAAGAGUUUAUCUUGAAAGAGGAGCUUAUCAGGACUAUGAACUAUAUGGCAGUCCUAGAUUUCGGCUUUAUUGUCAUGAAUAAUAUGCCCCCGAGAGUGUUUGUUUCUGAAUUGCAAGCUGAUCUCGCAUGCCCAGAAGCUUGUUUUCAAGCAACAUCCGCUUCUGAAUGCUUUAGCUAUUUGAAAGUAUGGCUGUCACACCCUUUGGCAAGUGCAGGUCAGAUAUCGUUCUUGGAUGCAGUGGAACAGCUAAGUCGCGAGAAUAUGAGUUGGGAUAAGCUGCAGGCUUUCACCCACUUGGGAUAUUUGAAUCUUGGCUUUCUCGCCGUUGGUAAGACCAUCGUCUUCUGUGUCUUUGAAUCAACUCACACCUCCUUCCUCUCAGCGAUGCAUUCAAUCAUCUUCCAGAUUCGAUCUUCAUUCUGCUGGCAGAUGCAGACAAUAUAUACCAUGCGGAAUUGGCUACGGAAUUGGAGCAUAGUAUGGAAUCUCCAGGGGCUCUGUCAGACGGCAGAGGCGUUUGGGACGCCUCUUCCACCGCAAGAAAUACCAGACAAUCUGGCAGACCGAUGGCGAAAUGCUGGAUUUAUGAAAGACGCCAACCAGUUCUGGUUCCUCGCAAAGAUUCUACUUGACAACCUGGAGAGUAAUAGACAUCUGAGCCCGUUUGUCAAGAAGACUCACGAUUAUGACGAGACGGGUAUGAAUCACUUGAAAAGUCUUCUAGAGAGCUAUCGGAAACAAUAG